AUGGAGAAAAUGGAAGGUGUUCCACUAUCCCAAGUUUGGAGCACGUUGAAUCCAAUACAGAAGCUCCAAGUGCUUCUUGCCAUGACACGUCUUCAACAGCAAUGGCGGAGCGUUUCAUUCUCGCAUUACGGCAGCUUGUAUUACAGGGAAGACAUGCAGCCACCGGCAGGCAUCCACUUUGUCAGGGAUGGCAAGGCUGUAAGAGAUUUGGAUUUUGCCAUUAGCCCUGCUACGGGCCGGGAUUGGUGUGAUGCAGGCCGAUCAAAUUUACACGUUGGGAAGGGGCCAUGGGCUUCUCUUACGCAGUACCUGCAAGCAAUCGGGACGCGAGAGGUGAAGGCAAUCCAGUCUCUAGAACCUCCGAAACCAAUUGCCUUGUUCUGCGGCCCAAGGCCAUACCAACCAGACACGGAAAAGAAGCUUACGGCUUUAGCGUGGUAUCUCCAGAUCGUGGAUGCCCUAUCCCAAAAGAUAUAG